AUGCUGUCCACAGGUCCUCCGGCGUCGGAACCAGCGGCGCCCUACCCGUCCCUGCGGGAGUCCGCCGACGCAGCCUCGGACGACAGGAGACAGUCUGCAAGAAUGCAGAUGCCAGCGGAGGACUUGGGGCGUCGGUUGAUCCAUAGUUCAUCCGACGUGAACGGUGAGAUGGUUGCACCCCAUCGGUGCAGGAACGGCCUUAUCGACCUCCAUCACCCGCAGAGCUUCGUUCCCUUCGACCUGCACAACCUGCCGGCCCUCGCGUUCAACGCGGCGGCGACGAACCGCGUACUCUCCGGCGGCGCACUAAUGGAGCCACGGACCUCGUACAGAGCUUGGUGGCUCAGAGACGAUAAGCGCAAGCAGUCCGUUCCAUGGACGGAAGAGGAGCACCGGUAAAAGCAGAGCGCCGCAGUUUCCCCGUCGCUCCGCCGUACCUGCCCCUCUCACCGCUAACUCGUCUUCUCUCCCCAUGCAGGAGUUUCCUGCAUGGAAUGCAGAAAUACGGCAGCGGAGCCUGGGGCAAAAUAUCCAAGGAAUUCGUCAAGACAAGGACGCCCAGCCAGUUGGCCAGCCACGCACAGAAGUUUAGAAUCCGUCAGAGCAAGGCGGCGGAGGAGCGGAGGCGGAGCAGCAUCCUGGAUAUCACCAAGGACUGA